GCGCCAUUGAGUGCCCACGACCCGCGUUCGGCAACGCUGUCAGCCAUCUGGCGCAGUCAGCUAGCUGCAGCAGGAUUUGGAAAAUGGAGGCUUUGCCGAGCGAGGAGUAAACGAGGGCACGUCGUCUCUAUUUCUCUUGCAUAGACAUUCAGUUUGAAAUUAGUGAUUGACUCCAUCAUCCAUGGAGGAGAAUACGAGCCCAGAGUUCACUGUAGCUCCUGAGCCAGAACAGAGCCAGGACCGUAUGGAUAACUGCUCUCAAGGUGACAGUCAAGGGGGGACCAGCGAGCCAAACCAAACACAAAGUGAAAAUGUGGUUGAACAGAGAAUAGAGAAGUCUUCCAAAGCCAGCGGCGAACUAAAGAAAACUUGGGGGUUCCGUCGGUCCACUGUUGCAAAGCGAGAGAUGCCGGUGGAGGCAGCAACUGACAACACCGAGAGACGCUAUCCUGUACGCCGCAGUGGCAGGCAGGCAAAGCGUACGGACAAGCUGGAGGAGUUCCUCUCUACUACCAAAAGAGCCCUAAGAAAGAGCGCUCCCCCGUCUCUGGAAAGCGGAGAUCCUCCUUCACAAACCCCAACUGAUGCGGAAACCGCUUCUGAGGCCAGCUUUGAUGGAAACGCGGACACAAAGACAAUGGAGGAGAAGCCAGAGUCGUCCGGUAGGAGAACUCGAAGUGGCACGAGAGAGCAGACUCCAAGGCCCAAACGAAUUGGCAGAUGGACGCGGAAAAGCGCCUCAGUCAAAGAUGAAGAUAGCUCUGACAAUGAGGAGAGCAGAGAUGGCACUGAGAUACAAGAAAAAGAGGCAGAUAAAGUUGGGGGCUUGACUAAUCCCAGCUCCAACACAGAUGAGGGAAGCACCAGUAAGGAACAGCACCACCCUGAGUCGGAUUCCAAAGACAAGGAGGAAACAAAGGAAAAUGUUACAGUGGGAAAUGAUGACCACACCAAAACCACAGGGGAUGAGAGCACAGAAAAACCUGGAUUGGCGGUAAAGCGUGGACCAAUUAGAACAUAUAUUAAUAAAAAAAGGGCUGCCAGUGUGAACCCUGCCACUGUCAAGGGGGGUGCUCCCGGGCAGGCAGGCAACAAGUCUCAAGCACAGGGUGACAGCGACGACGAUGCAUCUUCCUCGUCUUCUUCAUCGUCAAGCAGUGAAUCUGAUGGAGGCUAUGACCCCAAUGCACUUUAUUGCAUCUGUCGGCAGAAACACAACAAAAGGUUCAUGAUCUGCUGUGACCGCUGCGAGGAGUGGUUCCAUGGAGACUGUGUGGGCAUCACGGAGGCCCGGGGGCGCCUGAUGGAGCGAAACGGUGAGGAUUACAUCUGCCCCAACUGCACGGCUAAGAAAAGCCAGGUGAUCCGGCCUGCUACCUCCACGCUGUCUAUGAGCAUAGACUUGGGGAAGCCCAAAGGUGGCACGGCACUUCAGAUGUCAGUGCUGCAGAUGUCUGCCGGCUUUGCCGGUUUUGCCGACUUCACUACCUCAACAAGUCCGAGUGUGACCAUACCUUCGCCUGGAAGCGAGGACACUGGUAUCAAAGGCAGAAUUGAGAAGGCCACAAACCCAACGGGGAAAAAGAAGAUAAAAAUCUUUCAGCCGCAGUCACUACAGCAACAGCCAGCACAGCCGACCGCUGUCCAGAAGGGGGCGCCAACGCCAGUGAAACAAGCAGCCUCCGCACCAGAGCUGAAAGCACCAGAGAUGGAGCAGAAGGUGGCUUCAAACAUCGAGGUGAACACAACGGCGGUGGCGGAAGGGAAAACUGGGACGCCGACACCGGAAAGUGCUUCACUUCCCAAGUGCAUUGGUCCUGGCUGCGAGAACAGCGCUCAGCCGGAGUCUGUGUACUGCGGACACGACUGCAUCCUGAAGCACGCCGCCGUGACUGUAAAGGCAUUCACUGACGUCAAAGAGCCCAAGGACACGCCUCAGAAUUCCAACUCCGCGCCAAAGAGCGGAGCUGCCAGCGGGAAUAAGAGCCCGAAGGACGUCAAGGAUGACACGGAGCGCGAUGGAGGUGUCAACCGCAGUCCGGAUGAGGACGAAGACGAUGCGCAUGCGGUGGAACAGCGUCCGUCGCCUUCCACUGCGUCCUGGUUCAGCGACCAUAAUUACAUUGCAGUACCACCAGAAAAGACUACACCCAUAUCUGCAACAGUGUUAAACAAAAAGUCUCCCGCCAAAGAAGUGAAGACUAAGGAAGCAGCUCCAACUCAUGAGGAACCUCCCUCUGAGUCCAAGCCCCCGGUUAAAGUGAAGAAGACAAUGACCACCAGGUCGUCCAAGGUGUCCAACAAAGGCAAGAAGCCUCCUCAGUCCGCCACUUCCAAGUCAACCAAAAGGCCUGCAACUCCUCCCAGUACAUCUGCAAUAAAAUCUAAGAAACUGCGGUCAACAACCACCACUGCCCCUGCACCGUCGCCUUACCCGCAAGGACCCAUCCAUGUCACAGGAGCGGUGAGAGUCAGGAAGUCCAACUUCACCAUUCCUAAGAAGCAGCCUCAGCAAAAGGACGCUCCACCCCUCAGUCAGUCAUCGCCGAGAGUCCCAUCAUCUCCGGUUUCGUCAGUUCCGCCCAGCCACUCUUCUUCCCCAAGACCUCACCAUCCAGCUUCAGCACCCCCUGCAUCUACCAUGCCCCCUCCCGCCAACCACCAGAUGAGGCAAAACAUUCGUCGCUCCCUGACAGAUAUUCUGUAUAAGAGAGUGAGUGACAGUGACGAUCUGAAGAUGACUGAGAGUGAGGUGGCGCGGCUGUCUUUUGCCAUUGAAAAGGAGAUGUUCAAGCUCUGCCUGAGCACGGACAGCAAGUACAAAAACAAGUACAGGUCGCUCAUGUUCAACCUUAAGGACCCCAAAAACAAAGGCCUGUUCUACAAGGUCAUCGGCGGUGAGGUGACACCCUUCCGACUAGUGAGGCUGAGUGCUGAAGAAAUGGUUUCUAAAGAGAUGUCGGAGUGGAAGAAGCCAGAGACUCCUCAGGUGCAAUCGUUGGCUUCAAGGGGCCAUUCGGGUCAUUCCAAACAAGGCAAUAGGUAUGACUCCCACAGCAUGGACGUGGAGGAUGCCCCACCAUCAUCAGAUGCGGAUGUAUGUAUCUCUGCUGCAACCUCAUCUGCUCGCAUGGCUUCUGCUGUAGACCAAGAUGAGCCAGGCCUCACUUCAUCCGCAACUCAGCCGUCUGCCGUUGAGGGGAACAGUAGUAUGCCGGAUAUUUUCAGCAACAUGCUCAAAGACACAACGUCAGAACACAGGACUCAUCUGUUUGACCUCAACUGUAAAAUCUGCACAGGUCAGAAAACGGAGGAAGAGCUUGCGUCAAAGAAAACGAAACCCACAAAGAAGCCUGACCCACCCAGACAAGAGUUGGUCCAAAAUGUCGGCCCGCCGCAAGUCCCCUCAAUCUACCAGCAGCACAUCCCUCCACCCUACCAGUCUGGCAUAGAAGCAGCACUACCAGAUUCACAGCAGCAACUCUACCAAGAGAUUCCCAUCAGUCUGGCCCCACCUGUACAGAUCCCCCCAGUCAUCAACCCCACUGUGUCAUCCGUCACCAACGCGCGCCGAGACCCGCGCAUGGCCAGACAUGCCUCAGGCGUUACCGUCACCUACACUGCUCCGGAAAAACCCAUAAACAACAUGAUGGAGGCACUACCAGCUGCGAUAGCUGUUCCCAUGGAGGUUGUAGCCAAGGCAGUGCUUCCUAUGCCCCCUGCUCCACUUCCACCACCCCCACCCCCACCACCACCCUCAGUGGCUUUGUCCAAACCAUCGAAAACAAGUACCUCUGAUCCACCUCUUGAGGGAGAGACGGCAAUCUUCCUCCAUGGCCAAGAGAAGAUAUGGAAAGGGUUUAUUAAUAUGCAGUCUGUGGCCAAGUUUGUAACCAAAGCUUUCCUGGUUUCAGGCUCAUUUGAGUAUCUAAAAGAGGAUUUGCCAGACACCAUCCAUGUGGGAGGACGGAUCUCUCCAAGUACAGUGUGGGACUACGUUGGGAAGCUUAAAACCUCAUUGUCCAAGGAGCUCUGUCUGAUCCGUUUCCAUCCAGCCACAGAGGAAGAGGAAGUAGCCUAUGUGUCUCUCUUCUCGUACUUCAGCAGCAGGAAAAGAUUUGGUGUGGUAGCUAAUAGCAACCGGCGCAUCAAAGAUCUUUAUCUCAUCCCAUUGAGCUCCAAAGACCCAUUACCCUCCAAACUCUUACCGUUUGAUGGACCAGGACUUGAACCAGCACGACCCAACCUACUCCUGGGGCUUCUGAUCUGCCAGAAAGACAGAAAGCGUGCUGCUACUCCACUGGAAACUGACGAGAAACGUUCCAAGAUUCAAAUUAAAGAGAUUGAUGACACCGGCCUCCCGAAGCCACUUACCUUAGUCAAAGCAGAGCGAAGCGCACGCCAAAGUUUGGAAAUCCCCUUCAGCACAACUCCUCCAGGGUCACCUCCAGCCAGCUCCUCUGAGACGUCCAGCGCUGCUGUAGCCACCCCAUCUGUAUUUUCUCUUUUGUCGUCCAUUAAAGCACCUGUCACGUCCUCUGUGGCAUCCACUGGUGUGGAAUCCCCAUCCUCUUCCAGCUCUGUGGCAUCCUCGGCAGCAGCUGCCACUCCUCUUCAGACAAUCCUCAACACGCUUUUUGGCAAGAAAAAACAAGAUGAAGCUUCGAACUCUCCGUCUGACCAAAGUGCCGAACUUUCUAUACCUCGCUCUACAAUGCUAGAUCCUAUUGUACAGCAGUUUGCACAGAUUUCAAAAGAGAAAUCGGAAGACAUGGAUGAAGAUGACCGACCGUACGACCCAGAGGAAGAAUAUGACCCCAGUAUGGGCUAUAGUGUUACUAAUAAACCAGUUGAGGUGGUAAAUAAAUCUGAAGUGGUACCAAGUGAAGGUGAUGAUAUUGCAUACGAUCCUGAGGAUGAUUCAAUAUUUGAUGAAGUCAACACUGUUUCAGGAGAACAUAUAACUGAUCCAGAAAAAAAUGUUGAGUGUCUUAAAAUGAAAGGAGAUCAGACAUUACAGAAACAGGAAGAACCGCAGAUGCCAUCCACUGGCAAUACUGAGGAUUCGCUGAUUCCUCCAACUCUUUUGGGGAGUCAGUUACUGCAGCUUGGCAAAAAAGUGGAAGAACUUGUGAAAUCUUCAACUGCUCCCCUCAUCAUCCAAAGGAGAGAUCCUCGUCAGAUGCCUCGCAACGUAGAAGGUGGCACAAAAUCAACGGAUGAACCUGACGAAAAAGAGGAAUCGUCAGCAGACAGCUGUACUCCACCACAACAGGCAGUUCUAGAGCCGCAGUUGCCUUCCUCUGCGGACCUUCCCGACUCUUCAAAAGACCCAGACACACCACUGUCGGAGGAGGAAGUGAAAUCGGACACACUGCCCUUCAUGGACAGCGAAAAGUCAGAGGUUUCGAUUCCUUUAUUAGGCGAGACGAUGGACCCUGAUGUGGAGUACGACUACAUGGAAGAGAAAGAAGUCAACAUUAAGCAAGAUGAGUUGCCCAAGGCUGAAAAGGAGAUGGACAUGUACAGUAUUUGGCCAAAUGCAGCGAGUAUCUUAAGAAGUAGCGAGGAGUCAGACUAUGAUGACAAUAGCCAAGACACGGCCACUUCUAGCUGCGGCAAUGAGCCUUCCAACUCAUCUUCAAUUACCUCCACAAUACCAGUUUUCACUCACAGUUUAGCCGUCAGUGACACUCAUACCCAUCAUGUGCGACAGCACAUGCCAGCGUCACGCUUCGAUGAGUAUAGACCCCCAGCUGACAUCCCUUCCCCAGCUAAUUUCCUCCUCUCUCAACAGAUCCAAGGACAAAACCCCGUGGUUAGACCUCCAUCGAUGUCAAUACCACCUCCAAUACAAGGUCCUCCUUCUAUGUCAGCUCCGCCUCCUAUGCAAGGACCUCCACCAUCCAUCUUCUCCCCUGUUCAUGGUCCUCCUUCAAUGCCAGCUGACAGCAAACGUCCGUAUGGUCCGCCUCCAACUCCUUUUCCUCCCUACCAAAGCCAAUGGCCAUGUACCCAAGCACCCCCACAACAGCAACCACCCCCAAGACCACCUCAGAACCUCAUACCACCACUCUACUCACCAAUUGGCCAGAGAGGACCUCCACCUCAAAUAUUUGAUCCUCUCAUCCAUCCUCAGCGUGCUGGGCAACAAGGCCCGCCUCCAGGCCUUCCACCACUUCCUACUUUUGAUGCACAGAAUCCACUGCCUACACGAUUUACCGGUCCUCCUCCACCCUUUAGUUUCCCUGGAAACAGAGGUCCUCCUCCACCUUUCUCAGGACCACCACCAGGGCAUUUUGAAAACAGGCUUCCUCCACCAUCCCAUUUCCCGGGGUCAAGGGGUGCUACUCAAUCUCAGUAUGGUGACCAUCAAAGUCAAACGUCAAUCCAAGUCCAAUCACCAAUGGUAGACCAAACUCAUGGGCCAAGGGAGCAGUAUAACAAAGACAGCCACUCGUUCACGCAUGGUGACCAGCUUCAAACUCGUCCUCACCAUUCUUUUAAAGACAAUUUGCCGCAAUCACUUGGUCAGGUUUACCGUGGCCCUCCUACCAGCCAAUACAAGGACUCAAGAGGUCUGCCUUCUACCGUGGAGAUUAUGGGACAACACAUCAAUCUACCUAGCCAGUUUGGGGUUCCAAGGCUACACUCACCACCACAUCGAGGAUCUUUUGAUGAGCUUAUAUCUCGUCCUCCUCUUCCGGACAGUCGAGCCCCUUUUGGCGGAGCCGACCGUUACCGCUUUGAUAGGUUUACUGAGGAGCCUAGACCUGUUCGUCACAGCGGCGCACUGCUACCAACUCCUGCAGAGGCUCCCAUAGAUCCCCCAAAACGCAUGGGAGGCCACAGUCCAGACAUGCGACGAGAUGACUACUGGCGCCGCCACUCCCCUGAAAUGCUGAGGAGAACCAGCACCAACCGAGAAGCCUCAGAACCUCGGAGCACAGAUGUCUUCAGUCACUUUGAAGCAGUGCUAAGAGAAUCUGGUUCUGGUCCCUCUCAAUUAUUAGAGGACAGACUGAGGGAGAUCUCUUGCGAUAACAGGAGAGACAGAGAGCGAGACAUCCCUCACCCCGGAAGGUCCUUGUGGGACAGGAGUAAGAGCAAGAGGUGGAGCCGAGAGCGUGAGUGGGAAAGAAGCCGUGAGAGGGACCUCAAUCGAGAGUCUAGCCGAGAACGAGAUCGGAGCAAAGGGAAGGAUGUCGAGAAACACCAAGAGACCGAGAUUGAGCGACAGAGAGAUCAAGACAAAGAUGACAGGCGUGACCGUGAAAGAGAGAGGGAAAUGGACAAAGAUGAUAGGCGAGACCGUGACAGAGAAAGAGAAAAGGAUAAAGACAGACCCAGGGACAGAGAGGCUGACAGAAGGGACUCUGAUCGUGACAGAGGAAGAAACAAUCGUGACAGAGAGCGAGAACGUGACCAUGAGCGAGACAGGCGACGAGAUAAGUCCCGGAGCAGAGAUAGAGACCGGGGGAAAGACCGGGGUAGGGAAAAGGACAAUGACCGAGACAAAGAUAGGGAGCCUGACAGAGAUAAGGACAGGGAGCGGGACAGAGACAAAGAUAGGGAGACCGACAGAGAUAAGGAGCGGGAUAAAGAUAGGGAGACCGAUAGAGACAAAGACAGGGAGCGGUACAGAGAUAGGGAGACCGACAGAGACAAAGACAGGGAGCGGGACAGAGAUAGGGAGACUGACAGAGAUAGGGAAACUGAUAGAGAAAAAGACAGGGAGCGGGAAAGAGAUAGGGAAAUUGACAGAGACAAAGACAGGGAGCGGGACAGAGAUAGGGAGACCGACAGAGACAAAGACAGAGAGCGGGACAGAGAUAGGGAGACCGACAGAGACAAAGACAGAGAGCGGGACAGAGAUAGGGAGACCGACAUAGAAAAAGAAAGGGAGCGGGACAGAGAUAGGGAGACCGACAGAGAAAAAGACACAGAGCGGGACAGAGACAGGGAGACCGACAGAGACAGGGAGCGGAACAGAGAAAGAGAGAGGGACAGAGAGAAAGAAAGAGAUAAGGACAGAGAAAAGGAGAAAAACCGGGAAAGGGAUAGACAGAAAGACCGGGAUAGGGACAGAGAAAAAGACCAUGACAGAGAUCGAGACAAAGACAGAGGUAGAGACAAAGACAGGGACCGGGACAAAGAUCGAGACCGAGAUAAAGACAGACACCGGGAUAGAGAGAGAGAACGAGACAGGGAGAGAGACAAAGAGCGCGACAGGGACAGGGACCGGGACAAGGAGCGCGACAGGGAACGUGACAGAGAUCGAGACAGAGACAGGGACAGAGACCGCGACAGAGACCGGGACAAAGACCGCCAAGAAACAAGCAGAAGCAGAGAAAGGAAAGAAGAGAAAAAAAACAGUAAACAUGAAACAUCCAAGGAAAGAGAGGACGGCAGAAAAUGACAAAAACGUUUCCAAGUGUGUUUUAUUCACACUACUUGACUUUGGACAAUAAUUUAUAACCGUUGAAAAUCACUUUUGUGAAUAACAACGGCAGUAUUUCAUUUCCAUAGAUUCCAGUGUUUGUAUUUUCUGUCAUACAAAGAUCUUAAGUUGUUUUAUCACGUUUGCAAAACAAAACUCAAGGCCGUUUAAGUGACGUGUCUUUGGAGCGAAGUACAUAGUUCGAGUCCUAAUACAUAUUACUCUUGUCAAAAACAUUAACAAGAAUACUGCAUCCGGUCUCACACUAAAUGUAAAUAUGACUGUAUUUGUGUAUAUACUGAUGUUUUUAAUGAUACUUUUCUAAGUAGAUAAAAUACAAGCCAUAUACUUCGGAAGGAUCAUCAAGUGUAACUUACGGCUUAGAACUGUGGCCAUUGUGCAGACAAAUAAAACCCUUCAUUUAUUCACAGUUUAGUACCUAAUUGAUCAUUUGUUUCAACUCAACCAAUUAAACAUUUUUGAUCACUCA